AUGAAGUUUUUCACUAGAAUUAGUCUUCUUUUUGUUUUCAUUACCUCCACCAUAUCAACUCCGUGGGAUCCGGCUCCGAAAGGGCCAGCGAAUCAUGGAAAGACGUGUAUUGUUCAAGCUCUUGGUGAUCAGAAGGACGAUACACCACAGAUCCUGAAGGCGUUUGAAGAAUGCAACAAUGGUGGCAUAAUUGUUUUCCCAGAAGAUCAGAAUUACUGGAUCGGGACAAAGCUCAAUCCAGUAAUUAAAGAUGUAACCAUUGAGUGGAAGGGAACCUGGACUACAAUCUCGAUUACUGGCGAAACAGUUCGUACCCAAUUGCUUUUCAAAACCAUCGUGCAGGCUUCAUCAUCAGCGGAGAGCGCAUCCACAUCAAUGGCUACGGCCGGGGUGGCAUUAACGGAAACGGAAACGCCUGGUACAACGCCGAGCAAGCCGUCACUCAACCAGGGCGACCAAUGCCAUUUGUAUUUUGGAACACCAGCGACGUUUUUGUCCAAAACUGCACUCUUCGUCAAAGACUCACCCCUCUGGGCCCUAAACAUAAUGAACGGCACCAACAUGUGGUUCGACCACAUAACCUGCAACAGCACCGCGCUCAACGCCCCCUACGGCGUAAACUGGGUACAAAACACCGACGGAUUCGACACCAUGGAUGCCAACAACAUCGCGCUCACAAACAUGUGGUACCAAGGCGGCGACGACUGUAUAGCCAUCAAGCCGCGCUCCUACAACAUAUACGUGCAGAACAUCACCUGCCACGGCGGAAACGGCAUCGCUAUCGGAAGCUUAGGUCAGUAUCUCGAAGACUCCUCCGUCGAAAACGUGACUGUCAAAGACGCGAAUAUUAUUAGCUAUAACAACGAUAUGCACAACUCUGCAUAUAUAAAAACAUAUGUGGGCGCCUUGGUUCCACAAUCCGGGUACGAAAGUGCCGGGUUGCCCAGAGGUGGCGGCUGGGGCGUUGUGCGCAAUAUCUUGUUCCAGAAUUUCAAGAUAAGGGGAGCUGGUAUUGGGCCGAAUAUCAAUCAGGAUUCGGGGAACAAUGGGAGCUUCUCGGGGACGAGCAAGAUGCUGGUCAGUGAUGUGAGGUUUGUGGAUUUUGAGGGGUAUAUGACCGGGGCCAAGGGGAAUCGGACGGCGGUUGUGAGUUGUUCUACUGUUCAUCCGUGUUAUGGUAUUGAGUUGGAUGGGAUGAAGCUUGCGAGUAGUGAGAAUGUCACAGAGGUAGGGGCACAAGGGACAUGUAGUUAUGUUGAGGAGGGCGGGGUGAAGGGGUUGACUGGGGCGGGGUGCUAA